GUGCGCGCUGCUGCCCGCGGCCGCUGCCGCCUGUAACCUGCGCCGCCAGGAUGUGGCUGGGGGCUGACGUCGGGUCCAGAUGUGGCCCCGGCCCCGCCCACCCCCGGGGCCGGUCCGCCCACACCGAGCCGCGGCGCGCACGGAGGCUGUCCCGCCUGCCACAAUGCACGGUGGAACUGCAACCGCAACUUGCAGGGGUCGUGCCUAACGUCGCCGCUCGACAUCCUUAAGACAGGCCGGCUUUGACGCCGCACGCGGACCCUCCUCGUUGGAGCCCUCCAUGCGCUCACCCUUCAGUGCCCGGCCAGGCGGACGCGGAGCCGCGCGGGUGACGGCAGAAGCGGCUGCGCGCCCAGUCUAGCCCAGCCCAGCCGGAGAAGGCGCGCCGCGCCCCCGCCCCCCGCCGCUCUCCCGAGGCCGUGGGUGCGGAUGCGCCGCUGACGACUCCUGGGAGAGCACCGCGCGUCCGAGCCCGCAGCAUGGCAGCCGCCGCCUAUGUGGACCACUUUGCCGCCGAGUGCCUCGUGUCCAUGUCCAGCCGCGCAGUCGUGCACGAGCCGCGGGAAGGGCCUGAGCCCCGGUCCGAGGGCGCGGCCGCCGCCGCCGCCCCCACAUUGCCCCGUGUUGACGAGCGCCGCGACGGCAAGGACAGCGCCUCGCUUUUCGUGGUGGCGCGGAUCCUAGCGGACCUCAACCAGCAGGCGCCGGCGCCCGCCCCCGCGGAACGCAGAGAAGGGGCCGCUGCGCGCAAAGCGAGGACCCCCUGCCGCCUGCCGCCCGCGCCCCCUGCGCCGCCGCCCGGUCCAGAGCCCGCCUCCCCGGGACAAGCAGGCGCGCCGGCCGCGCCCCCCAGCCCCGCGUGGAGCGAGCCCGAGGCGGCACUGGAGCCAGAGCCCGGCCCUGCGGGAAGCGGCGAGCCCGGCCUCAGACAAAGGGGUCGACGGGGCAGGAAUCGCGCGGACCUGGAGUCCCCGCAGAGGAAGCACAAGUGCCACUACGCAGGCUGCGAGAAAGUUUACGGGAAAUCUUCGCACCUCAAGGCGCACCUGAGAACUCACACAGGUGAGAGGCCCUUCGCCUGCAGCUGGCAAGAGUGCAACAAGAAGUUCGCCCGCUCCGACGAGCUGGCACGGCACUACCGCACGCACACAGGGGAGAAGAAGUUCAGCUGCCCCAUCUGCGAGAAGCGCUUCAUGCGGAGCGACCACCUGACGAAACACGCACGCCGCCAUGCCAACUUCCACCCAGGCAUGCUGCAGCGGCGCGGCGGGGGCUCGCGGACCGGCUCCCUCAGCGACUACAGCCGCUCCGAUGCCAGCAGCCCCACCAUCAGCCCGGCCAGCUCGCCCUGAUCACCCCUGCCCAGACCGCGCCUCGCCCCCUUUGGUAAUAGGAAAGCUGAGUGAACUUGAGAAGUCCACAGCAAAACACUUUUCUUCACCUCAGGUGUCAAUUUUUAACAAAAAGGAAAAAAAUUUUUUUCUCAAAAAAGAAAAAACAAAACAAAA